CAUAUUAUAUGCCAAAACUGUGGGCACCACCCAGACGACGAGGAGUUUCCGAUCAUCUUCCGACCCAGACCCACCCGCCCGACCACACUGUCCCCACAAAAACAAACUCAUCUUCAACCUUCUGUCAUCUUUGUCUUUGUCCCAUUACUCAAUCAUCUCCCCUCCGCCGCCGGAAUUCUUCAGAGACCCACCUCCAUACAUAACCAAACCAACUCAGCAGAUCUUUCAUUUCUUCUCAACUUACCCAUUACAAGUUUCAAGAAGCAGAUUGACUGUGAAAAUGCAAACAUCUCAGCCUUCAAAGGCUGCUACCGAAGUAAUGGAAUCCACAACUACUGAUUCUCAACCAAUUGUCAAAUUCCCUGAAUUCCGUCUUCAAGUCCCUCAUAGAACCCGAGUAUUUGGAAAUAGUCGUAGCGCAAAGAACUUGCGUCAGUCAAAGGAUUCUUCAUUAACAACUUCUUCACCAAAAGGAAGAUUAUUUCGUGCUUUUAGCUUCAAAAAGAAAUCUGAUGUCGGUGAGAGAAGCUCUCUGCUUAAGUCAUCUGAUACAGCACCAGAAAGUCCAGCAAUGGCCAAUUUGAUUUCUGCUUGGAAGAUGUGCACUUCUCUUCCUGUCAGUACUCCUUCAUCUUCAAACAACUCUCCUUCUACUUCUGGAUCAGUUUCAGCUAAACAAAAUGAAGAGAAUCUCAAAUCUCAUAAUAAUUCAGCUGAAUCUUCAGUUUCAAGGGCUGUUUCAGUUACAGGCCGGAACAUUGUUAUCAUUAGAUCCUUAUCUUUUGCUACUCGGGAGGCUAACAAAGAUAUUAAUGAUGAUGAAAUUACCCCAGCUGAAGUUGAAGAAGAAGAUGAAGAGAUUCCAGAAGAGGAAGCUGUGUGCAGAAUAUGCUUUGAUGUAUGUGAGGAAGGAAAUACAAUGAAGAUGGGAUGCAGUUGUAAAGGUGCUCUUAGACUUGUACAUGAAGAAUGUGCGAUUAAGUGGUUUCGCAUGAAAGGAAACAAGAACUGUGAUGUCUGUGGUAAUGAAGUUACCAAUUUGCCUGUGACAUUGCUUCGAAUUCCUUCAGUUCAAAGAAAUGUCAGACGGGAGCCUGUUCAGCAAAACACAAACUCAAGCACAACGAGUUCCUGGAGGGACUUUAUCGUACUUGUCAUCAUCAGUACAGUAUGUUAUUUCUUCUUCCUCGAGCAGCUAAUGAUUCGUGACUUGGGAACUAAAGCGAUCAUAAUUGCUGCGCCAUUUUCCUUUACAUUGAGCCUUUUAGCAUCUAUUUUUGCAGGCACUCUGGCAAUCAAGGAGUAUUUAUGGACUUAUGCAGCCCUAGAGUUUGCACUUGUGGCUCUAGUUCUCCAGCUAUUCUAUUCAUUACUUCAUUUAAAUCCAGUUUACGCGAUAAUGCUGUCAUCUGUUUUGGGUUUUGGGGUGGCGAUGAGCAUCAACUCUCUUUACAUUCAAUAUUAUGCUUGGCGAGUUCAGGUAUCGCAAAGCUCAAACAACAACCCUGUAUAAAAAAGUGAUGAUUCGAUAUGGAAAAUAAAACGCCCUUUGUUGUCAAGGCUAGUUAGCAUAGGGUUCUUCAUAUUGUAUAAUAUUAAUCUACAAAAAUUGGGAAAAAGGUUUUGUGAUGGUGCUGUUUGGA